GAUGGAUUCCUAUAAUAAUCAUGUACUUCCUACCUUUCAUAAUUUGACCUCCCUGGAUCUUAACUCCUUCAAUUACCGUUGGCGUUUCUUAAUUCAACUUCUCAAACACUCUCCUAACCUUCAAACACUUAAACUUAACGAGGCGGGCAAAGAUAAGGACAGAUGGACGAGAAAAGAUGACAGAGAAAAUUGGGUGGACCCUGAUUUUGUUUCACAGUGCCUUUCGUUGCACCUUAAAACUUGCCAUCUUUUGAGCUUCUUAGGCCUACAAGGUGAGCUUUUGCUAGCAAAGUAUAUUUUGAAGAAUGCAGCAGUUUUACAAACAAUGAAAAUCUGGAAUGGUGGACAGCCUGAAAUAGAAAGACUAUUACAAUCAUGCCCAAGGGCUUCAUCAACGUGUAAACUAACAGUUUAUCAUGUUCCAUGUAAAUUGUAGUUAGUUACUCUAUUAUUCCAUGCAAGUUGCAUUUACUCUAUUCUUCCUGUCAUUUCGCAAGCUUUUACCAUGCAACUGUUAGAUUAGGUGGGUUGAACUAGAACUUUGUUGUCUUGUGUUUUGGAGUUUUGUUUGAUUUUGUUAGUG